AUGAUCCCUCCGCCGGCAACACGUUUCGGGCAGAAACAGGCUGUCGUGCCGCUUCCGCUGACCUUCCGGCUCCCCCGGCUGCCGAUUCUCCUGCUUCUCGCUCUCGGGACCGUGCUUCUCGCGCGCUGGCCAGUCCUGCGCGGCCACGUGGCGCGCGAUCCGGAGAUCGGCGCGGUGAAUUCGAUUCUUGUCGGUCGGAGCUGGGCUGCUAUCGAGGAGGCUUCUAUCGAGGACGAUGCUCAUACCCUUGAAGGGGAAAAGCAUGGUGUAGGCAGCAUCGGCGGGAGGGAUGGUAAAGGAGGAGAGUCAUAUGAACGGAUAGAGUGGGCGCUGAGAGAGAGCGGAUGGGCGGAAGAGGAGCGGGAGACGGCGCAGAAUGCGGAAGGUUCCGACGGUCGCGGGGAUUCCCGGGAGGCGGAACGAGUGGGGGAGAUAUCGCAAGAGGGAGAAGGGCAUAUGGCGGAAAGCGAGAAUGCGGACGUUGGCGGAACCACUGAAGGGGGAGGAAGAGAAGUAGGGGACGCCGUCCGCUUCACCCCCCUGCAGGGUUUUCUUGAGGAGGCGGAGAAAUGGCAUGCGGGGCUGGGGAGGCGGAGUGGGGGGGGAAAUGGGGGUGAGGCGGAAGGUGCAGGCGGGGCAGCGGAAGGAGAAGCAGCUGAAAUCAGGAGACUCGCGGAAGUAGAAGGGGGAGGGGAGGGCGGGAAAGCAGCAGAGGAAGGUUCGCUGCGGUUUCCUGUGCGGGUGGUGGGAGGGCACGUGAGGACAAGGCGGCUAGUGGGAGACGACGACACGGCGCUGAUCGUGCGGACGGUGAACUACGGCUUUGCUGCGUGCGAGUUCAGCCCGUUCCACUCGAAGCCGCGCCACGAGAGGGACUACCCAAUUCAGAGCAACCACAGCGCCAUUCAGCACCGGCCAGAGCUGCUGGCGCUGGCAGCAGAGAUGGGGAGGGCGAUGGGUGGGGGGAACUAUGACGCGGUGCAUGUGAGGCGAGGGGACAAGCUCAACCCCAACAUGUGGCCUCACCUCGACCGCGACACACGACCGCCUGCUGCUCCCAUUGCCCUCUAUGCUCUCACUGGCACUGCCCCUACUGCUCUCACUGGCACUGCCCCUACUGCUCUCACUGGCACUGCCCCUACUGCUCUCACUGGCACUGCCCCUACUGCUCUCACUGGCACUGCCCCUACUGCUCUCACUGGCACUGCCCCUACUGCUCUCACUGGCACUGCCCCUACUGCUCUCACUGGCACUGCCCCUACUGCUCUCACUGGCACUGCCCCUACUGCUCUCACUGCUCUCUCUGCCCUCACCUUUCUCUACUCCCCCACCUCUCCCUUUUCCCCCGUUCCCCUCUUUUCCUGCUCUCUGCAACCCUACUGCCUCUCUACUCCUGGCCCUUGA